GUCCGCCAUGGCUGCGGCUCUCUCCAGAACUGCAAGACGCCUCUUCCUCCCUUCCAAACUCCUUCCUUCUUUCACAUAUUCAACAACUCCGCCGCUUCAACCAAACUCCGAUUCCCCUUUCCCUUCAUUUCGUGCUGCUAAAUCCGCCAUUUUGUCCCAAUCAGAUCCCGAUAAGCUUGCCCAAUCCUUCAUCCAAUAUUCCGACCUUCCGGCAUUCCGACGCCACCGCCCAAUCUACCACUAUUCCAUCCGCAAACUCGCGCGUGCUCAACGCUUCGACCUCAUCGAUGGCAUCAUUCAAUCCCAACUCAAACCCCCCUCCGCCAUUUCUGAAGGCUUUUGGAUCCGCCUUAUCAUGCUUUACUCCAGCUCCGGCAUGGUCGAUCAAGCUAUCCGCACUCUUGAUCAGGUAAUCCUGAACAAACCCUGCGAUCUGUCAGAGAAAUCGCUCUGUGCUGUUCUCUCUGUUUAUCUCAACAAUUCCAUGCCUGAGAAAGUUCAUGAGAUGUUUAGAACCAUUCCGGAGAAGAUUGGUGUUACUCCGACGGUGGUUUCGCACAAUCUGGCGUUGAAGGCUUUUGUUCAGCAAAACGAUCUUGAAUUGGCUCGGAACUUGAUCGAUGAGUUGUACAAGGAUGAUGCUAAGGUCGUCCCUAACAUUGACUCGUACAAUAUCUUGUUAGGAGCUUAUUGGAACAAAGGCGAUUUGGUCGGUUUCGACGGGAUUGUGAAGGAAAUUUCAAAGAGAGGUUUGGAGUUCAAUUUGGCUACUUACAAUUACAGGAUUUUGAGGCUGUGCAAGAACAAGGAGUGUGCUCGGGCCAAGAAAUUGCUAGAUGAGAUGGUUUCAAAGGGUGUGAAGCCCAAUUCUAGUAGCUAUGAUGCAAUCAUCUAUGGCUACGGCAAUGUUGGGGAUAUUGAAUUGGCUACGAAAGUUCUGAAGAGUAUGCUGGAGGAUGGCCAUGUCUCACUCAGUUCGCGAAUCUAUUAUAGUUUGAUUCGAAGCAUGGUUAAGGAGGGGGAGUUUGAUUUGGCGUUGGAGACAUGUAGAGAGAUCAUAAAGAGGAGGUGGGUUCCUCCAUUUGAGGCAAUGGAGGGCCUGGUUCGUGGAUUGGUGGGUAUAUCGAAGGUGGAAGAGGCAAAAGAGGUUGUUGAAAAGAUGAAGAAGAUGCUCAAAGGACCUGCUGUGGAUUCGUGGGGGAAAAUUGAAGCUGCUCUUUCUCUGUAGAGUGAUUACAGACACUCAUUUGAAAGAUUUGAAAUGCGUUGUUGAUUGUUUUUAUGGCGAUUGAAAUCUUGCAUCUAACAAGAACAGAGCAUCAAAAUCUCACUUAUAUGUAGCUUUGUUGCUGCUCCAUCCGUUCAUCAUAAUGGUAUGUAAUUUGCUACUCUUUUGCUCCUCUGCCUGUUCUUUCUUCUGGGAGUUGCUACUACCAUGUUCUUCCUUGGACUGCAUGAACUGAAUGGAUGAGUUUAACUUCAAUUAGAGGGAAUGGAUUGGUCUUAAAUGACACUAUUUAUGCUA